AUGUUUAUCUAUUUAUUCCUCUCAUUAUUAAUUUUACCCUUAUUCAAUGCUGAACAGCAUCAGACGAAACUUGAAAAUAAUAAUGAAUGGUUUUUACAACGUUCAGGAGCUGCCAAUUAUUUAUCUGGUUUGCCAAUAAGACGAUUUCAACAACAAUUGGUACAUCCAACAGUUGAUAGUUCAUCGUUUUUAUCAGCAUCAGAUAGUGAUGAUCAACAACAACAACGUGGAAAACGGAUCUAUUGGGAGAAUCUUGCAUUUCAACCAGCUGAUUAUAAUCACAAAUCGAAAAAUCCUAAAAGGUCUAAAUAA